AGCGGGACCAGCCGAGCGUCCGGGUGCCAGCCUCCGCUGCCGCUGCCAUCUCCAUCAUGGCCUCCACACAGCCGACCCCAGCGAGGACGAAGCGACCAGCGAGCGGCCCUUCCCUUCCCGCAGCGGAGACGGACGUGAAGCCGAAGCAGCGGCACCGGUAGAGGCGAGCCGCGCCGGGGUGAGCCGCCUCGCCACCACCACCCCCUCCCGGUCUCCCCCAUGCCUCUGUCUAAAGCCAGGUUCAGCUAUUCCACGCGGAGGGGAGCGAGCCCGGGCGGCGGAAGCAUGAGCGUUAAUCUGUCGGUCCAGCAGGUUCUGAGCCUCUGGGUCCAAGGUUCGAGCCUGCAGCAGUUCCCAGAGAUGUGGUACUGGGUGUUCCUGUGGUGUCUCUUCUCCUCGCUGGUCGUCCACGGCGCCGCCGGACUGCUGAUGCUCAUCGUGCUGCAGCGACACAAGUGGGGACGUCUCAUCACGCUGGUUCUGGUCAGCACCGGAUUCCUGGCCUCCCUCUCUGGAGCCGUCGUCACCACUCAGAGGAGCGGCCUGAUGAUGAUGAUGAUGAGGAGGAUGAUGAAGGGUUGCCUUCUCCCCACAUGCAGCAGUCCAACCUGUUUAUUUAUCAUCACAACAAACGAUGGUUGAAUCUCAUCCAAUCAGAGCUGUUAAAGGAGAAGAAGCUCUGGUUGCUGCCUGGUUGAUCAUCAGUGGGCGGGUCCUCCAGCUGACCUCUAACAUCCCAUAAAGCUGUAGAACACCAGCGUCCCGGUAACAGAAGCUCCGAUCCUGUUUCCUGGGAUCAACUACAGAUUAAAAUGUUGGGAUAACUCUGAGAGACACAAACGUCCACCGGACCUGCAGCCUCCUACACGACCAGGUCAGUUGGAUCUGGGCGUCCUGUCCUGACCUUUGACCUGAUGGAGCUCUCGGUUUUGUUCGGCAGGACCAUUGUUGCUGGUGAAGUCUGGUUCUGGUUCUGUCAGAGCAGCUUAUCGUAGCAAGCCCAGGCCUGGAGCUGGGUCCCUUCAUGUGGACAUGGAGACACUCGCUGCUAUUGUCUUAUUGCUUCCUGCUCAGGAAAUACUCGAGAGCUGAGGCGAGCGGCGGCGGCGGCGUGCUCACCGGUAACAAUGACGGGCAGCGGGCCGAGCCUUUGACCCGCCGGAGCGCUCUGUAUUGUCCACCUCUCCUUUGUGCCGCCUGACUCGGCUCCCGUUGUUCAUAAGAGCAGUACAUUAAGUCUGGGUCGACUCCAUCAGGAGCAGCGCCGGCCGUCUGGACCGGGCUGUGAUCUCAGUCUGAGAUGGGUCCUCCUGGAUCCUCGUAUUCCCACAUGGAGCGGCACAAUAAAUCCGAGUCAGGAUGGGAUGUGUUCACGCUCCGAGGGACGACAAAUGGGUCCUUUGUUCUUUUACAGGUUCUGAUUUGGGACGGGCAGCAAGGAACCGGUUCUGACCUUAAGUCAAAAAAAAAAAAAACGGAUGAGAUGAACAGAACCGACCCAAGACCUCAGCAAGACUGGGCCUCCAGAACCAGACAGAGCUGGGCUCCCGAAGUGGACCGGGCCUCCUCAUUAGAGUCCUCUGGGUCAGAAGUCUUCUCAGGAACUGGAUCCUGUUCUGGUCUUUGCUGCAGACGAGACCGGGAGACCCACAUGGGACCAGGUGGUUCCCAUUACUCCGAGUCUGGAAUGGGUCCAGAUGCUUUUCCCACUUUUAGCCAAACUAAUGAUGGAGGGGACCGAUGAGAGGAUGAAUCUCUAACCUGACAGAAACAAAACGUGGAUCGAGUUAAAAGCGGGGGUCACCGACUCCGGGCCUUGAGGAGUCUCCUCCUGCAGACCCGAACCUCCUGCUCAGCUGUUCUGGAGCUGAACUUUGACCCCGGCCAUUUAAAAAGCCUGGAAUAAAUAAAUGAUUAAUGAGCCGAGGACUCCAAAGCGCUUUACACUGGAGUGAAUCAUUCAUCCAUUCACACACUGGUGGUGAUGAGCUGCAGCCACAGCUGACACAGGCGAGGCUUUCCGAGGCAGGGCGGGUUGGGCGUCUUGCCCAAGGACACAACAGCAGCAUCAUCACAAGUUUAAUAAACUCACAUCAGAUUAAAUUAUUCUUUAAAUCUUUAUGGUAAAUAUUAGAAUCAAUAAUAAAAUCUGUUUAUCUGACUCUUGGUGCUGAAGAUGAAAAUUUUCUGUGUUUAUUUGUGUUUUGGAGCAACUUUCCGUUUUAUUUUGGUAAACCCUCUUCCGGUUUUCCUCUAGUCACACCUGGUUUCCGUCGAUAAUCAGCCGGCAGGUGUUCAGAGGAGUGCAGGUGAGUCCAGCGCCGGGACUCCGGCGGUUAUUAGUGAUGUUUCUGUGGGGUUGGAGGUCUGUCCUCCGGUCUGUGGACAUGUCCUCCACACCUCCUCUUCUGGUGAUUCUUCCUCGUCGAAUUUCACGGAUGUUUCGUUUGUUGUGAUGAUUCUGUCCCGAGCUGCAGUGGUCGCGUGCGAGGGACAACACGAGAACAAUAAACUACCUGAAACCUUCAUGAAGUCCGAUAAUAAAAGUAAUAAUAUUAUGGGAUGUUGAGAGCUUUCUUAGUUUGAAAUAGUCUUUUUAUUUAAAAACCUUUAAAACCUUUUUUUUAUUUUUUACAAACUUCCUGAAACCUUUGAACUUCAGAUCAGGAAUGUUAUUUUGAUAUCUUUGGGUUUUAGGAUGUGCGAAGUUUAAAACAAGCUCUGAUCAGAAACGUUCGUGUGAGCAAAUAAAAACACACAAAGUUUAAAUAAAUAAAUAUAAAAAUCGUAAAAAGCAGAUUUAUGGGUUUUAUCUUGGUGUGAUGUCGGUAGCGUCCAGCAGGGGGAGCCCAAUCACACAGACUGGUUCAGGCUGGGAUUCCCUCUGAGGGAUUUAUCUGGGAUAAAAGGAGUUCAUCCCACAUAUGGAUCAGAAUUUAGGGUUGGACUUGUGGAAGACCUUUUUCUGUCUCUACCACCUUUGUUUGAGAGACGGAAUCAGCUGUUAAAUGAUGAUCAGCUGUUAGUUAAUUUCAUCUCAAAACCAGAAAUGUUGGAAACUUCAGAACAAAGUUCAGAAAAAGCUGCAGAACUAAAUUAAAUCACCUGAGAAUUAAAACCAACGGCGUUCCCGCUUUGAUCCAGCCGUGAUUCCUGGGCUCGGUCCUGUUGAAGGUUUAGACCUGAAACAGGUAUUCGCAGAAUGCACUGCAGCAACACAAUCAGCUGUCAGCACGGUGGUGGAGGGCUGAUACUGUGGGCUGGUUCUGAGCCAUCAGUCUGGUGCUGAAGUUUAGACCGAACUGGGUCAUGAAACAGGACCUGGAGCAGAGCCGUGUGUGUGUGUGUGUGUGUGUGUGUGUGUGUGUGUGUGUGUGUG